UGACACUUCUAACUCACUUUUGCCUUAUACUAGUAAUGUUUACAAUCUAUUUUUGUUUCAAAUUAACAAUGACUAUGCCAGUUUUACAAAUGAUAUAAUGACUUCUGAAGGUAUUUUGAAUGACUUUAGUGAACAACUGAUUUUGGAGAAUACUUAUGAUGAUAUUGACAAAUUCAACAAGGAAAAUGAGUUUGAUUUUAAAGACAAAGCUGAAUUUGUAGAACCUACAUAUUCAUUAACUAUGAAUCAGACUUUUCAAACUUGGGAGGCAGUUGAUAAGUAUUAUCAGUUAACAAAAGAAAUGCAAGAUAAUAUUAGAUUACUUGCUUCUUGUAGUGUACAGGCUAGUGUGAUUAUUGAGGUUUUACAGCAAAAAUACCCUAAAAAAUACAUUCAUCUCUGUAAUGUGUAUAAUAUAGUACAAACUAUUCAUUAUAAGAAACACGUUGCAGGUGAUGCAGGUAGCACAUAUUUGGAAUUAAUUAAAAACAGUGUAAUGAACCUGGUUACUACAUUAAUGCAAA